AUGUCAACUAAUAAUAAUAAUAACAACAAUAAUAAUAAUGAAGAUAUUGAUAAUGAUGAAUUGCAACAACAGGAUAAUGAGGAACAACAACAACAACAACCACAGGUAUCAACAUUCAAUGAACAGCAACGUCAAAUAAGGGACAGCAGCAGGUACUAG